AUGGUCUCAACAAAAUCAUGGGUGACGGUCUUUUUGACCUCCCUUGCAAGCAAACUGGCCUUGUCGACUCCCGUGGACAAACGUGGACCAGAUGAUGACCUCGCGACGACAGCCUUGAAUAAUGCGUACAAGGUACUAAAUGGAACGCUGAAAGACGGCUCAAAAAUAACAACUUGCACGAAGAGUAAUGUCGCGGUGCGGAAGGAAUAUGGUGACCUGUCCUUGGACGAAAGGACCGACUAUAUCAAUGCAGUGAAAUGUCUGUUGGCCGCACCAUCGAAAUUGAGUGCGACUCAGUAUCCUGGAGCGAAGAACCGGUUUGAUGAUUUUGUGGUGGUUCACAUUAACAUGACGAUGCACGUUCACGAUACUGCCAACUUCUUGCAUUGGCACAGAUACUAUAUUUGGGCUUACGAAACAGCGCUGAGAUCAGAAUGCAACUACAAAGGUUACCAGCCAUACUGGAAUUGGGGCAAAUAUCCAGAUCCAAAUACUUCGCCAAUAUUCAAUGGCGACGCAUACAGUAUGGGUGGGAAUGGGGAAUAUGUUAAGCAUGCUGGAUAUGCUCUAGGAAUGGCAAGCGUCAAUGUGCCGGCAGGCAACGGAGGAGGUUGUGUCAGAACUGGUCCCUUCGCAAAUAUGACGGUCAAUCUUGGGCCGCUUGCGCCUUCAGUAGAUCCAAACUUGAAAAUUCCCAAAAAUCCUCGAGCGGAUGGAUAUGGUUACAAUCCAAGAUGUCUGAGAAGAGAUGUCAAUAAUUACUUCACCACAAGAUCUUCGAGGCCGGUUGAUAUCGCCAAUCACAUCAAGUCAACCUCUGAUAUUGAAGUAUUCGAAACCACUUUACAAAAGGAUGUCCAAUCGGCAUUCUCGCUUCAUACUGGCGGUCAUUACUCUAUUUGGGGGGAUCCAGGAGGAGACUUCUAUGUUUCACCUGCAGAACCAGUGUUCUGGCUUCAUCAUGGCCAGGUGGAUAGACAUUGGUGGAUAUGGCAGAACCAAGAUCCUGCGAACCGGGUCCAGCAAUAUAAAGGUGGAACCGUCAUGAUGCAGCCCAAUAGCCCAAGAGGGAAGAUUACUGAUAUUCAAGAAUUAUCAGUUGUUGCACCCAAGGGAUUUGGAGGUAUUGCAAGAAAGUCGACGAUUGCGCGCACUAUCGCCCGUAGAUACUUUGAUCAAGAGCGUCUUGGGGCUAGCUUCUUCUUCUCAAGAGGUGGUGGAGAUGUUGGCCAUGCUGGCAAGUUCUUUACAAGUCUUGCCUCACAGCUUGCGCACAACGUACCACACGUCCACCAAUUCAUUUCCGAUGCUAUUACAGAGCAGAAUGAUAUUGCGAACCAGUCUCUCCGCGACCAGUGGCGCCAGCUUGUCUUCCGCCCACUAUCAAGGCUAGACGGCAGGUCAUCUCUAUCUUCGCACGUGCUUGUAGUCGACGCCCUUGUAGUCGACGCCCUUGACGAAUGCGAUAAUGAGAACCACAUUCGGAUAAUUCUACAACUCUUGGCUGAGACUCGAUUUCUACAGGUCCGACUGGGGGUGCUGAUCACAAGCACACCAGAGGUUCCAAUCCGAUACGGUUUCCACCAGAUUCCUGAUAGUGAAUACCGCGACUUCAUCCUCCAUGAUAUUAAAGCAGCCACUGUGGACCAUGACAUCUUUAUAUUUCUAUACCAGGAGAUGGGAUUGAUUGGAGGAGAAUAUGCUCUUGGAACUGGCUGGCCAGGUGAGCAAGCUCUUAGACAACUGGUCCUAAACGCCAAUGGCCUCUUCAUCUGGGCUGUAACUGCCUGUCGAUUCAUCCGAGAGGGACGAUGGUACGUAGCGAAGAGGCUGUCAAUGAUGCUCGAGGGCAGUACAUUUGCUCUAGCCCCGGAACACUAUCUGAACAACAUCUACACGACAGUCCUCAAAAUCACGAUUCAUGAAGAAUACCUAAAAUAA